AUGGCGGACUGUGAUUGGCUAAGAUAAUUUGUUAUUAAUAAGAUAUCUGCUUAAAAGAAGGAAUACAUUGGUAUUUUUUUGUUUUCUUCGACCAAAUGUGUACCACGCUGCUAAUAUGAAUUUCAAAUCAUGCAUUUCUUGUUUGUUUCAAGUAUAAAUGCCAUAUAAUAAAAUUUUUAUUAACCUCGCUUGCUCGGUAUUUACAUGCAGAGAAAUAUCGGACCUCGGUCUUUUUAUACAUAUCACUCCCUACUGGCUUGGUCUAUACAAAAAAAGUCCCCGGUCCGAUAUUUCUCUGUAUAGACCUCGCGUUCGGUUAAUAAGAAGUUGUACUUCUUUUCUACGUUACUUUAAAUUUGGACAUUUUAAUUACCGUUACUGGAAAUCGAGUUCUCAAUUUUAAGAGAACAGAACUGAACUAUUGUGACUUUGAUCAAACACUGUGGUGCAACACAUGUAAAUCAACUUCUGAAGGCUCUGGUCCUAAGUGGGAUUGACCCUUUACAUUGUUUGUUGAGCUGGAUUUGGAGUGAUUCUUAUGUUCAAGAAUAUUUAGAAUCAUUCUUUUGUUCCUAUUGUUGUUGACACUUUUGAAGUCCACCCCAAUACAGUGCAUGGUACUAACACUUGCUGAAGACAACUAAUACCACAACUAAUUCAACUGCUGCAUGUCUGUUGCAUCAUAAAAGAGCCAUAACCUACUGAAGAAAUCAGUGCUGUGUCAUAGUGUCAAAUUGGAAACAUGCAGCUUCUCCAAAGCUUUUUGUUGUAGUAGUUGAAUCAAUGUUACUCAGCAUACACAAAUUCAUGUUUCAUAUUUUCAUUUGAUUUAUUAGAUAUCGACGAAUGUGCUCGUGGUUACUGUGAUCCAAAUGCAGACUGUGUAAACAGUGUGGGAUCAUUUUAUUGCACUUGCAGAUCUGGCUUUACUGGAAAUGGACUCAACUGCUCAGGUAAUGAAAGAACAUGUGAUACGUUGUUCUGUAGAAUUAGAUAAUUAUCAUGAGAUAGCUAUUUGACCAUCUGACAAACUAAAUUUCUACAAACCGGCAAAACAAAGUUCACCAACUUGUCAUGGAGUGUUUUAGGUGCGACGCAAUUUGUAGAAUUCCAGACCGGUGCAGUUUUUCUUCCAUUAGCUACUCAUUCCCCACUAUAUGUACUGCUUUACUAAAAUCUUUAUAGAAAAUUUCUAAAAUUUAUAUAGAAAGAAAACAAAAAUUUGUAAUGCAAAAACAUGUUCUCGAUUUGUAAUCCAAAAAUAUGUUGUCAUGCUUUUUUUUUUAAAUGAUAUUUCAUAAUUAGUUUUUAGUUUGCUAUAAGCAUAGAAACAAUUAGCCUAUCUCACGACGGCCAAAUUCGCCAUUUUUAGGGUACUUUUUUAAAAACAACAUGAAAAAUCCAAGCGAUGUGAAAACAUUUUUUCAAAUAUUUAACUGUAAAUUAACUUAUAAUGAUUAUACUCACAAUUAAAGCUAUACAAAUCCCUUAUUCAUUGCGUACAAUCUCAGAUUUGGAAAAGAUAGUAACUCAAAAAUGGCGGCGUGGGAAAGGCUAAUUGUGAGUCAUCGUGUUUGUUUUCAAACUACAAAGAGUAACAUGGUGCCAAAUUCGCAUACGCGCUUAGCAAUAUCAGCAAACUAUAUGUGUUACCAGACCCAACGGAAUUUUAAAGAAAAAAGACCAAAAUAAAUUAACAUUCCUAUACAUGUACAUCAGCUGCAUAAAACCAAAUAUACGAAAAUCGUGAAUAUCGAACAGCAAUAUUGCUGACUUUAAGGUGGCUCCCUACAGUUAGUACAGUUUAAAAGGAUUUAUAUAGAUCAGACUUCAUCCUCGCGACCUGCGCGUGGAAUCGUCGUGUUUACUGUUCGGCAAAAAUAUUGAAACAAGCCGUGGGAAGUUUUUGGCGUUUUUAUCUACAAAGAAAGCCCGAGUUUUUCAUUAUAAUCCUAAUUUUUUCUGAAUUCGAACAGUAUACGUAUGUUAUUAACUAGUUUAACCUAUCUUUUAGUGAGUUUUUACGUAUUUACGUUCAGUAUUGUCUUUCAUAUUGCUCAAAAUUUUCAACUUGUUGUUUUGCGAGCUGUCAAAUUGAAAUGAUACUGUCUUCUAUUAACUCUUGAACAGUAGUGAACUGUUGCCGAAACUUAUAUAAGUUCAGUCAAUCAAUUCAAUUCACAGGUAUCGUUUUAUCUGCUAAAUCAAAUAAAACAGUUAUGAGUUGUUUUAUAUGAAAAGUUAAACUUGUAGUUCGAUGUUUUGAAAAGUUUUCACAACGAUUUUAACAACAAAAACAAAUGUAAACUAACACUGGAUUUAAUACAAUGCCUAUAAUAGUGUUUUUAUUAGUAUUUUCAAGAUUAAUAUUUUAUUUUCAUAUCAAACAAGUCAGAAAUAUCUGUUUUCUUAUGUAUUGUAAGCCAAAAAGUUGAAAUCACUAUAAAUCACACGCUACAAUUUACACGCAUGCGCAGAUCGUGCUCAUGUCGAGUCGAUUUUUUUUCAUGCUGGCCAAGCCGAUUUUAGCGAUGAUUUUCUCGUGUUUUCUUCGGUGAAAUUUUUUAAAACUUUGUAUUUUUGUUAUACAAGACGAGUGGUACAACAUAUCCAAAUUUUAAGAAAUUCUACAAAUAACUUUUUCUGUAACCGUCAUUCACGAAUAUCUCGAAAAACUAUUUGUAAAUUCCCUUCAAAGUUCGAUAUGUUUUUCCUUUAUGGACCAUAAAUCUUCAAAAAAUAUUUCAGAAAAAUUCACCGAAGGAAAAUAUAGAUAUUGUCCAUUUAUUGUGAAAUUAGACAAUAAAAGUGCAAAAGAUUAAACGUCAUGGUUGCCAUGGCAACACAAACACUGUUUUAAUUUGUUCAUAAAUGGCAGCACACAGCUUCUGAACUUUCCUGGAAAUGAUCAUAUUGCCUUGUCUUAAGUGUAUCUAAUAUAAAUUCGGUUCAAAGCGAACGAUACUCAAAAUACCUAGAAUUUUAGAGAACUGUAGGGAGCCACCAAAUAAUAAAACCAUACCGAGCGAUAAAGACUUGAUCCUGAACAAAUUUCGUAAUGGAGAGUUGAUUCCUGUCUGUUGAAAAUUACUUAUAUUAUUUGUGUACUAGAACAUACAUGCAUGCAGAAACCCUCGCCUUACUGACAAAACCAUUAUGUUUUCUGAACAUGAAGUAUUGGAAGUAGUUGUCAUGGUAACACGAUAAUUUUAAGAAUAGUUUUAAAAUUGAAAAAUACUUCUAAAAUAGCCAAAAUAUGACUUUUAAUUACAAAAUGAUCAAUUUCCCAAAAAUCUAUAUGCUAGGUAUGUUAUUAUACGUAAUAUAAGCUUCAAUUUAAUUUAAAAUUCAACCACAAACGCUUCGCAAAACGUUUCAUUAAAAUGUUCUUAAAACUAAACUGCCUUUUAUCGAAUUAUCGGUAGCUAAACAUUGAGUUUGAAAUAAACUGAUUUCAAAUUCUCUCACGAAAAUAACUUUGCUUUCCUCUUUAUUUAAAUAUUUUAAUAUACAAAGAAAGGGUAUUGAUAAAAAUACACUGAUAUUAUAUGCUGUCUUUUUUCACUUAUAUACGCAACGAUCGUAUCAGUUGUUAAAGCAAUUAUAAAACAAACAAUACAUCAAUAUUAAUGACAAACUUAUCUUCAUUAACGUCGGCGACUUUGCUCCAUUCUUUUAGACGUUUUUUGGCUCUCAUAAAAAUUUUGAAAUUUACAAAAUCUUGCAAAAAUACAACUUGCAAGAAAUGUUUGUUAUUUCGCAGUCAUCAUGCAGUCGUUAUAAUGCAAAUUUUAAAUUUGAUCAAUCAGUAGUCACUAUUCAAGACAGUCCGCUACAUAUUUUGAGAUCAGUGAGGAUGAUCACCCAUGAACGGUGAGCCAUGCGCCCGCGAUAUUUGAUGAACUUUAGACUUCGCUAGUGCUUGCUAGUGCGUUCCUUUCCCCGGUAGUAAAUAGCUGGGCGGAAUUAGUACCCGGGCUUACGCCUGGAACUGCGCUCGUGGAUUAUACAUAUAUUUACUAAAUGCAUUAAUAAUUCAUGAGGACUUUACAAAGGUAAUUACUACCCUGUCGGUGCACUUUACAUGUGAUAAAAAAUCAUGUUAAUUUGCAUAAACUUUACUUUACUUACUCGGCUUGGACAACGUUGAUUUUUAAAAUUACCUCGCCAAUGAACUCGUAAGAUGGAUAGUUUUUUAAGCGAUUUAAAACACUCGUAGUCCGUGCUUGACAACAAGCACUCCUGCUUGUGUUUUAAAUAGUAGAUAGACCGCAUUUACUAGCCUAUAUACUUUGUACUAGCUUAUAUACUUUUGCAUUUCAAGAAUAUUAUAUAUUUAGCACUCAACUAACAUUACAAUAGCACCAUGUAAGAAAGUAACUUAUUUGUUGUUCUUUUUAGAAACAUGUGAAGAUGAAAUUCUAUUCUACUCUACAUCAUCAGAGAUUAUAUCAAAUUCCUCAGUCAGCAUUCCUACUACAGACAAUAAUAUAUUAGGAUAUGACAAAUACAACCGACGAUUGUUGUAUUAUGAUGAUACGCAGAACCUAUACAGUGUUGGUUUGAAUGGUUUGAAUUCGACAGUUCUAAUCAAUAAAGCAAAUAUUGCAGAGUUUGCAUAUGAUGGUGAACGUGGUGUUCUAUACUACUUGAAUAGUUUAACAUUAAAAAUCAACUCAGUCAAUAUUAGCAGUGGAGAAGAUGUCCCGGUUCAAGCUUUGGAUUCUCUUUCUGGUAUAAAAGGCAUGGAGAUGGACAUAAAAAAUCGGUAAUUGUCUUCAAUUUGUAUAUUAUAAAACUUAUUUAUAUGUACAGUUGAAUGUUUGUAAUAGAGCGUUUGCAUGCACUCAUUCCCCAGGGACCAACUCAAAAGCCAUGGUGGCCAUGUUGGUGUUCCAGACAAAAGAGUCUAAUUAAUUUUUUUUUAAUUGGAACACCAACAUAGUUCUAUUGGGAGUUGCUGCUCGCGAAAUGAUCUGCUCAGAAUUUUUAAAUUACAAAAAAGAGCAGCUCAGGUAAUUUUAGGAACUGACACUUCCUCCAGGUCAAUAGCCAAUUUCAAUAAACUGAACUGGAUACCUUUUUAUGACGAAGUUAAAAUUAACAAAUGCACUUUAGUUUACAAAAGCCUGCAUGACCAAGCUCUGCAGUAUAUUAAGAACUUAUUUAAAACAAACAAUGAAAUUAAUGGUAGACAAACUCGUCAUGGCGAAUAUAAUUUAGUGUGUCCUAAAUAUAAUUAUGCAACUGAGGGAGGAAAAUCUGUAACGGUCAGCAGCAUUAAAAUAUGGAACAAUCUCCCGAAGGAUAUUAAGACGAAACCUAGCGUUAAUUCCUUUAAGUUUGCCCUUAAAAAAUACUUCUUAGAAUCUUAUAAGGGCAUCGAUCGCUUUGAAUUAUUAUUGUGAUCAGCAAGUUGUACUGUAUAUAAUUUGUAUAUAUAAAUUUAUAAUCCUAAGAUCUUUUACAUAUUUACUCUAAGUAGCUUUUAGACGUUUUAAAGUAGAAUUAAUAACUUUGUAUGUAUUGUAUAUGAGGGCCACAGGUUUUUCAGUUAUAUUGCUGUCAUGUGUUUUUGCCCUCUUUAAAUAAAGUUGUUCAUUCAUUCAUUCAUUCAACAUGGUGGCUGUGACGUCAUGUGCAAACUCUCUAUACGGACACGGAGUGGAAAGAGCAAAAUGCCUCUUUUAGAGAUAUGUAUAAUUUAAGACUCAAAGUUUAAGAGGGCAUGUGCUUCAGCUCUUUAUACUUGUAUGUUAUUUGAAUAAUACCGGGCGGGAGUUGAGACACUGUCUAUAAACGCACUCGUGGAAUAUGUACUUCUCAGUUUCACGCUGCAAUGUAGCAAUCACUUUUAUGGAACAAAACAAUCAGCAUUUUAUGGGACUGCAAGCAGGAUAUUGUACAAAAUACAUAAACGUAAACAAUUAUCACCCACUCUGCACAUCAGAUUUCGCAAUGAUUUUGCAAUUUGUUUUUUUUUUAUUAACUCCCAGAGACUGAGAUUGACUGUCUGUUGAGGGACUAUAUUAUUGAGGAUGCGAAAAAAUUCAAUCGGCAGGAAUCAAACCUGCGACCCUGCGAUUCCGGUGCAGCGUCUAACCAACUGAGGUAGACAUAUUAUAGGUGUGAACUUGUGAUUGGAGCUCGACGACUGUCCUCUGUAGCUCAGUUGGUUAGAGCACUGCCCCGGAAUCACAGGGCCGCAGGUUCGAUCCCUGCUAGGGUCCUGCAGUUGCGUUUUUCGCAGCUGUUCCUGGUCAGAUCUAAUAAACGUACAUAAAUUUCCACUCGAUAACUGUAGUGAAAGCUUUGAUGUGUUUUUCAGCAUAAUAUUUAAAAGAACUGUUUUUUAAUCUUGAGGGUUUCUUUUACCAACGUUCAGCUGACGUUUGUUGGAUCUAUUGUAUAUUGGUAAAUUACGUGAGAAAUGUUGCAUCUCAACUUUUGCCAUCAGUUAAUGAAAUUAGCCAUUUUAACCCUUUAAGUGUAUGCAAUGCGCCCAAGUGCGUUUUACUUAAUUAUUUUACUCUGUCUAACGCUAGACUACUUUACUUGUCAGGGAGAUAGUGCUUUUUUUAAAACCUUAGGUUUUGACGGUUGGGUUUGUAGUAUAUCUGCUGCAAUUUGAAUAUUGUAAUCAAAUUACCGACUCUGGUUUCCGUCAAUUUUGCAUAAGUUAUAGAUUAUUGAAAUAUUUAGAUUUGAUUACUUUAUUUUGACAUUUUUAUAGGUACCUAUUAAUUGCAAAGUCAUCGGAUCCUCCUAUUGUUAGAUUUGAUAUUACAUCACUUGCGACCCAAGAUAUAAACUUUGAUGGCUCCGCUCAGACAUUGUCUGUUGAUCAAGAUAAUGAGGUCGUGUACUGGGACAAUUUUAUCGUUUCUACAGGAACAUAUAAUCUUACAAGAUCAUCUUACACUGGUGAAACAGUGCCUCUUAAUAUCAGUUAUGACGCAGAAAUUGAUCUGGCGCAAGAUUACAUGUAUCUUUACGUGUUGGACAAAGAAAAUAAUAGAAUUGACAAAUAUAACAAACGCACCUGGGUAGAGAUAAAUGUUUCCAAUAUUAAUGCUGGGUCACGAAGAUUAAUCGUAGCAUUUGGUGAGUACCUGCUGUUGCAUUUACUGCACUAAAAUAUACUUGAAUUUGAGUGACUUUGAAUACUAAUGGCAAGGCUGCCCUGUGUCUCGCCUACAUUGGCAUUUGUGGGCCUGUUGAUCUACACAUUGAUGAAUAACAAACACUUCAUGCCCAGUACCUACGCAUCACCUUUCUAGGAAAUACAUAUCAUGCACCAGCAACACUAAAGUUUUUUUUUUUCAAUCGUGAUCAGUCUCCAUGAAAUAUAACGAUCAGAAUCAAGAAACUUUUUCUGACCAUGCAGGUAUCUUAACUGUGGUAUUGCGAAGGUUUUCAUUCCUCUCUUGUCUUUUUAGAUUACGAUGAAUGUUGUGUGGGGACAUACUGCCCCGAUAUGGUCAACGUAUCCAAGUGUUUAAACACGCCUAGUAGCUUUGAAUGCAUGUGCUAUGAGGGAUAUUUUCUUAAUGGAACCAUCUGUCAAGGUAAAAACUUAAAAACGCAGCAUAGUAGAGUUCUUAAAGUUCAUUAACUAUAGACAGCAUUCUGCAGAGACACUCAAAUCCUCUGCCAAUCAAAGUCAAGUAACAGCCUGAAGUACACACUUAAAAACGCACACGUUGUAACAAAUCUGAAGCAGACUUGCAAACAGCAAUGCUGUUCCAACAACUUGUCAACAGGAUGUGUUCGGACUGCUUGUUCCCAGCUUGUUUACAAGUUGCCAACGACUUGUUGACAACUUCCUACAAGGUUGUUGAGCUCAACAGACUUGUUACGAGUUGUUCCAACAACUUGUUAUCGUCCUGAAUUCAACAAUUUUUCAACCAGUUGUGAGUGACAACCUUGUAGCAACUUAAUGAAAUAACAGCAUUGUUACAACUUAUUGGUAAGCUUGCCGCAAGCCUGUUGCGAACACAUCGUGUUGACAAGUUGUGAGAUUUUUAGGUGUGUAGGACAACGACAAGAAUGCAUUCUGAAACUGACAUCCUCCACCAAUGAAAGUGAUAUAUGUCUCAUUUAAUUUUCAUCUAAGUUCAACAAAAUGUGAUGAAUUAAUAUCCUUGGGGCGUCAUUACCUGUACCUCCACAAAUGUUGUUUCUAAACCGUUUUGAGUUGUCCUUGCUAACGGAGAAUCAAAUUGCCAAAAACAACAAACAACAACCUCCUGGCGAAGAUGAUUAUAAUUUAUUCUCACAGUCUUUCAGUAAACCUGCUAGAAAGUUAUCGCAGGAGACUGUUUGUUCGACUAAUCGCUUUUUCUACUUGAUAUUUACAAUUAUGAAAAGGGUGAACUGUUCCGAUUUCUGGUUCAUGUUGUGAGACAGAGCCUAAAUAAACUGAGAAUAACUGCUAGAAUUCGAAGUGCAGUUUUAUAUUAGUUUGAAGCUGCAAAUUUACAACAGUGACUUUCAAAUAUUAAUUAUGUAAAUGUUAUUUAUAUAAUAUAUAUAUUAAUUAUACAAGUAUUAAUUAUGUAAGAGAAAAAGAAUCCAAAUUGGAUAAAUUGCAAUUAUUUUCGAAAUUGGUUCUGUAAAUUAUGAAACUAUUACAUUUUUUGUUUUAGAUAUCAUUGACUGCGAUGACGACCCUCCGUGUCACGUGAAUGCCACGUGUAAUGAUAUUCCUGGAUCAUAUGAAUGCAAAUGUUCGGAAGGUCUCACUGGCAAUGCCACAUAUUGCGAAG